AUGCGACUGCUUUUGCUCCUCGGGAGCCUCCUCGCCACCGUCGCCAUGGGAGACCAGCACGCGAGCUGCUACUACCCUACCACCCCAACCAUGACGCCGGCCCCGACGCCUGCCCCGACGCCGGCUCCGCUGACAGGGUGCGCGCUGUUCGCUUCGUAUGCCGGGAACAAUCCCGUGUCAUUGACUGCGGCCGAUGCCUCUGGCAUGUGGGCUUUGGACGGCACUGGACGCGGUGUCGUCGCGUCGACGCCUGCGAAGUUGUACGCAGUCGGCGUCAGCACCAACGCCUAUUUGAUAUCGGUUGUUGGACCGCACGUCGUGCUGCAAGUCGAGUCGGGCCAAAUCGUCGGCACGACUUGGGACCCGUCGUUCUCCCCACUGUUUGCGUGCGCGGACGUCGCUGGCGGUAGCACGAUCGCCCUCCGCAUCGACAACAACUAUGUGACGCAGUCCGGCGGCAAGCUCAUGCUCGAAGCGCUAGUGGGGGGGCAACCCUCAACGAGCCAGCAGUGGACCAUUGCUGCGAUGAGCUGGAACUGAUAACGUACUUACCAAUUGUCGGCGGCGUUCCUCGACG